UUUUUUCUGGAUGCAGUAACUGAGGUGGCGCUUGUAUCAGUUUAUGGGCUGUUUUACCGAUGCGGAAUUCGGAGUUCGGCCUCAACGACAGAUACAAAAAGACCAGACAUGCUCUAUGCUCGACGGGUUAUGAUUUUCAGGGGUCCCAGACACCCCAGGCGAACUUAGAUCUAUGCGCAGUUCACUGGAGACCAUAACUGCGAAAAGACUAGUUUUCGUUCUUUUGUGCGCAUCUUCGCCCUGAUUGGCGAUACUCCCACACGAAGUGGAACGCGAUUAGCGGAGAGCUCACUGCGUUCCCCCACCAUCUUUCAAUCUGCGCGGCUUACAAUUAGUUGAGGACUCUGGUGAACUGCAUAAUGCAUGCAGAGAGCAGAACCGGUAUAAUAAUCAUGCCUGGCAUGUCUAGUCUUGUUGCAUCUGUGGUCACUGGUCACUGUCUUCUCCUUAACUCGUCGCCAAUGGAAAUAUAAUCAACAUGGCGUCGCUCAUUGACAACUAUGAACAACAAUACGCCGUUUUGACAGCUGACAUUACAGCAAAAAUCGGUAGAAUAAGAACACAAAGUGGCAAUGAAAAAAGAGCGUUUAUUCAAGAUGUGGAUAGGCAGAUCGAAGAAGCUCAAGAGCUGCUGGAGCAAAUUGAACUGGAGGUUCGUGGGGUGAACAGCGUAGCUCGUGACCGCUUACGAGGUCGAGUGGAAAGUCACAGAGCAGAAUUGAAACGAUUGACUCAGGAAUUCCAGUUAGCUAAGAAGCCAAAGGAUGAAAGUCUCGAAAUAAGUAGAGAAGAUUCAUGGGAAAACAAUAUUACAGAGGAUCAGAAGAAGAGAUUGUUAGAUACUUCAGAAAGAAUAGACCAUACUGGAAGAACCUUACAAAAUGGUUAUAGAAUGGUAUUAGAAACAGAAGAAAUUGGUUCACAGGUGUUGAAAGAACUCCAUGAUCAAAGAGAAACGAUCCAAAGAGGAAGGGGAAGAUUAAGAGACACUGAUGCAGAGCUGGGACGUGGUUCUCGAUUAUUAUCGGGAAUGAUUUUAAGAAGCCUUCAGCAAAAAAUUAUUUUAGCAGCAGUUGCAUUAACACUUAUAAUCGUCGCAUGUCUCGUGGUAUACUAUAGCUUUAAAUCUUAAAGCUAUAUAGGAUGAUUAAUUAAGUGAAAGCUGUAUUCCUUAACCAAUGAGUUUUAAACGUUAUCAUUAUUGAAUAUUACAUUCGUUAGCGGAUUAUUUUCAUCCGUUUGGAGCAUUUGGUAUAAUAAUUGUGUAUACCUCCUGCACUCCUGAAUUUUUAAAAUAUCCAUUUUUUAUCGUGCAUCAAAGACCACCAAAUGCUAUUAACAACCGUCUAAAAUUAUUUCGAAUCACAUUUACGAUCUCCGAAGUUGUCCAGUUUAUAAUCUAUUUAUUGUUGUAAAUGUCAAGUUUAUUUUACAUAACACACACGUGCCCGAUUGCAUUUUACGAAAAAAAAAAAAGAAAAAAAAAUGAACGAUAUA